CAGGCCAACACCUAGAUAUCUCUUUAUCACUUUCUAAAGCCUCAUUGAACACAAAACCAGUCAUGAUUGGAAAAGAAACAGGCAAAACAUCACGACCGGCCAUUGUACUCGUUCCGGGUGCGGCAUGUCGGCUCAUCUUCUACACUGACUUGGUCGAACAAUUGUCCAAGGACUUUGAAACACACGCCUAUGAUCUGUUGACUGCUAGUCGUGAGCCACCUCAACAAGCCGCGACUUUGGCCGACGACGCGGCAUUCUUCCACGAUAAGAUCCAAGAUUUGGUGAAUGCCGGAAAGGAUGUCGUUGUGCUGGCUCAUUCGUACGGCGGGAUGCCUGCGACAGACAGUGUCCAAGGGUUGCUCAAAUCCGAUCGCGCCUCUCAGGGUCUACCAGGAGGAGUCGUGAGAAUCGUCUACCUGUCCUGCAUCGUCGGAGACGUCGGCCAGACGGCAGGUGAACUCACCAGUGACCUUGACUUUGGUUUCAUGCAACCCGUUGGAGAGAAUGGCGAGUUUCUAGGUCAAAUACUAGGACUGGAAGGUGCAACGACCAUCUUUUCGGAUAUCCCACAGGAAGAAGCGCUCAAAUGGCAAUCUCGACAGUCGCUGCAGUCCACCAUCUGUUACGCGGGAAAGGCCGUGUACCCUGCCUACCGAGACGUGCCGGUGUCGUACAUCUUCUACUCGGGUGACAAAGUAUUGACCCCGGAAUUUCAGCAGGGACGAAUUGACUUUCUGAAAAAGGAAGCCAAAGAGUUUGACCUGCUUCGACUCGAGACCGGACAUUGUCCCAACGUCAGUGAGCCUGAAGCGACGGCCAAGAUCAUCUGUGAAGCCAUCAACAAGAAACAGUGAAGGGUAUAGGAAAGAAGGAG